AUGGCUAUGUUUCAGGAGAACUUGAGCAGCCACUCUCUACUGCCGCACCCCGCAUCCAAAAUCAUGCUGGUGCCUCGGAAGCCUGUGGGGUUUUCCUCACAGCCCUUGAGACAGCAGCCCAAAAUCGACGGACCCACAGUGCGGGCUGGUUCCGGGAAAAGGCACAUAAACAUAAAAAGACGCCCCGUGGGCGCUGGGUUCCCCCAGUGGUUCCACGACAAGAUCAAGCUGCCGACGUCUGCGACGUUCCCGGAGUCCCUGGCCAUUCUGAGCAGGUUCGACGAGCCUCGGCCAUUAAGGCGAGAAAUUAGCGUACCUCGUGUUCCUGUGCCCAAACGACAAGCUCUUCUGGAGCGGUGGUCGUUUGAAACAUUCGAACCAAGUCUGUCGGGCCUAACUAGCAGCUCGACGGAAUGUGUUUAA